AUGAUGCCCUGGAUGCGCAAGAAGACCACCUCGUUUCCCAAGGAUGAGGCCAACCAAAUAUACGUCUCUGAUUUCUCCUUACGGACACAGCGCCAGGACGUGUCGAAGAAGCCGGCAACGGCCAAUUUCGGCUCACCCAAUGCGCGACCAAUGGGCCCGGAGGACGCCGAGGUGACGAUUCCCAGCCAGAUGUACUACAAUUUGCUGCAGGAGGUGGGGGAGGCCGACAAGGUUGCCAAGGUGAUCGAGCGCACGCUUGCGGCGUCGGACCGGACGAUGGACGAUGUGAUGCGCGGCGACCAGACCGGCUGCAUUCUGGUGGUGAUGACCGAGAGCGAGCAGCAGGCGUGGCGGCAGCUGAAACACGUGUCGUGCGCAACAGGCGAGGUGGACUGCCUGUACGCGAUGCGGGAGUCGCUGGCGGGAGUGGCACGGGUGGCGAAGCAGCUGGAGCUACGCUUCGACGCACCAGCUGACGAGGGCGUGCGCCAACAGAACGCUUUUGAGCGGCUGGCCUACGAGGCGGAGCACUGCAACGGACGGGACAAGCGAGACGCACACAAGGACAGCAAGAAUGGCGGCAGUCGGGCACUGGCGAAUCUAAACCGCGAGGCUGAGGCGCUGCUGCACCGGAUGCGGGCACUUCUCAGCAAGGCCGAGGCGGGUGUGGUGCCGUUCUGCCGCCAUGUGAUGGAUCUGGGGGCUGUCUGCACGGAGGGGGACGACGACAUGGACGAGCUGACGGCGCUGGACGUCGUCCGGGGGAGCAGCGUGAUGACUCUGCUGGACAGCACAUUGCGUCGCAUGUCGUCAUUAGACCGUGUCAAUGCGGUCGACCUUGCCCGCACGACCUGGUCACGCUGCGAUGCCCGGAUGCGCAACGGACUCGGCGACGAACCUCGGGCGGCUGACGGCCAGCCCGCCAGUCUGCUACGACGCUGGCUCCGACUUUCUGGCUCGCGCGAAUUCCACCACGAACAGGUCCGGCUUGCGCGCGGCCUGCAGGCCCAGGCACAGGCGGCCGGGUGCUGCCGGCGCUGCCGUCCGUCCUCGACCGAGACGUCCAGCCCACAGAAGCCCCAGGCGACGAGCUCGUCUCGCAGAUCGGAACCGAAAAUCGAGCGGGUGAGCAGCAGUCCCGGUCGCAAUGCUGUCCGCAGUCGCCGGCCGGACGCGCCGAAAGUGACGUGGAAUCGAAUUAUUCUUUAUGUUCUUCUCUAUCAGAUGGUUGUGUCAGGAAAUGCCCAGAUGGGAAUACUCACUGUUUGUCAGCCGGCCGGAAUUUGGCUCAAAGUCCGGUGCUACAUGUGGGGCCUCUCGACGUCGCGGAAAGCAGCAGCCCUGAUGGACGAAAAGGCAAAGGCCACAGCCAAAUGGGGAGCCGCCUGCUCCGCCUGUGCGUCGGCCAAGGUCAAGUGCAUUCGCUCUGUCGAAGAUGCAAGCGCCAAGUGUGACAGGUGUGAACGGCUCUUUAAGAACUGUGCCGUACAGGUGCACCGUGCGCGGAAGAAGCGCACCAGCAAGACGUCCAAAACGGCCCAGCUUGAAGAACGCCUUAACGGCCUGGUGGACCUGCUCCGGGCCUCUGGUGACCUGCUCCGGGCCUCUGGUGACCUCAACACGUUGCAUGCGGCCGAGGCCUCGCCACACACCAUCUUGGCCGACCCAUCACGAAAGUCUGACCGUCUCUACCAUGCGGACACGACCGAUGUCUCAUCCCGGCCUCCGCCACAGGACGUCCAACAAGAGCAGCUGACUGCCCAGAUUGCCAUACCGGUAUCAUACAACUCGUUUGCACCGCCGACAUGCAUCUGCCGCCCCGAAUCUGGCGAGAUCAUCACGACUGCUGUCGACUCGGAUGAGGACCUGCUGAAAACGUACCGCUCGCUCGAGUACCCACACUACCCCUUUGUGGCUGUGGCAUCCGACGUGACGGCUGAGCAGCUGAUGGUCGAGCGGCCGAUCCUCAUGAUGGCCAUCCGCGCCGUCGCCUCGGUCGACAACAGUCGGUUCAUGCAGGGUGCCAUGUACCGCCUGAUCUGCCUGAUCGCUGACCGCGUCAUCCUGCAGUCCGAUCGCUCGCUCGACCUCGUCCAGGGCAUGCUUGUCGUCGUCGGCUGGUACCAAUACCACUGCAUGAUGCACGCCCAGCUCAACAACCUGCUGCACCUCGGCAUCAGCAUGAUGGCCGACCUCGGCCUCAACCGGCCACCGCGUAUCGCUGAGCGCACCCAUAUCUUGGUCCUGCACCCCAACAUCCCCAGUCCGCGCGCAAACGAGGAGCGCCGUCUGGUGCUGGGCUACUGGUAUAUGUCAUCAUGUCUGUCUCUUGGAUUUCUUAAAAUCGAGGCCAUGCGCUUCUCGCCAUACGUUCGGCAGUGUCUGGACGAGCUGGACGAGAUCUCAGAGUAUCCGUCAGACGCCCGUCUGGUGACUAUCGUCCGGUUGCAGCAUCUGGCCGAGAAGGUUGCCAGGUUUAACAGGCCGGAGGAGCUGGGCGACGAGAUUCCGGGAAUCUCACGGGCGCCCAGUUCUGCGUACCAGCUGGCCUUUCAGAACGAGCUCGACCGUCUGUGCCAGGCCUUGCCAGAGGACAUCAAGACAGACAAAUUGAUCCAAAAUCAAAUCAACACCAUCAAACUCCGUCUUUACGAACCUCCUCUUUUAGAUGCCACACUGCUGCAGAAGUUCUCGGCCGACUUCACUGCCGUGUCGUCCAACAACCCAAGCGGCUUGGAUAUCCUGUACCGCUCAUAUAAUGCCCUCCGCGGAUGGUUCGACCAGUGGUUUACCAUCCCCGUGUCGCAGUACCACUGGGUGCCCAUCCCGCUCUGUGUGCAGCUCGUCUAUGGCAUCACCAUGCUGAGCCGUUGGGCGCGGCUGGUGGGCGCCAUACGGCCAGCACACACCGACCUUCAUGAUUCGACCAUCAACAUGGCCACAGCCGUUCCGCCCUCAUCGUCUUCCACCCUCAAGGACCCCAGCAGCCGGCUUGUGCCAGGCCAGGGCGUUCCCGUAUCCUCCUCAUGUGCCCUACCGACCAGUUCGGUGGUCCAGCCUGCCGUCGCUGCUAUUGCCGGCCUCGAUGGCAAGGAGAUUGCCUGCGAUCCGAAGCUCAAGGCGGCCAUGGCCCAGAUGCGGGACACACUGCGCAAUCAGCCCGGCCUGUUGAUCGAUAUAUCAGCCCUGCUCACUGCCCUUGGAGACCGCUUCGAGCAGUCCAACCUAGAGAUGCGCGCGGCAAGCGCGGCCAAGUUUGGCGACUCGGCCGACCGCGGCAUGAACAUCUGGGACCUAACGUCCCGCAAGAUUGCCAUCCUGCGAUCCAAGCUGGGCCCCUUCCUGGAUGACGCAACCACCACCGAGAUGACCACACAGCAACAGCAGCAACACAAUCAGCUAAAUCACCAUGCCGCUGCCGCCUUUCCUAUCGAGGGCAGCGGCUUUCCCGUCGAUCACAGCCUCGACGUCAACUUGGCCAGUGGUAUCGCUGAUGCUGCGACAGAUUCCGCCGGUCUGAUGUCGACAUCCAUCGAGGGCUGGGACUGCAACAGUCCGUGGGCCAACGAGAUUUUUGAGGACAUGGAAGCGAGCCUGUGGCUAGAAAGCCUUCCUUGGGUGCCCAUAGGCGGAUGA